GGCACAAGGGAGAAGAAGGCUUCCCACUUGCAACUCUUUUUGGCUUUCUCAUCUCUCUUGUUGGUUUUCCCAAAAACAUAGGGAGAUUCCUGAAAUGACAAGUACAAGGGAGAAGAAGGCUAUUAUAUUCUCAGUUAUCCAUUUCGUCAUCACCCUUCAACACAUAACAACAUGCAGCAGCAGCAGCAUCAACAGCAAAGAUGCAUGUAAAAGUUUUUCGUGUGGAAACUUACAAAUUCGAUUUCCAUUUUACUUAAAGGUUGGGCCGCAACAUGACCACUGCGGAUAUCGUGGGUUCGGAUUAUCCUGCACAAAACAUAAGAAAACAGUAGUUGAGGUACCAUUUUCAGGGGAAUUCUUUGUAAGAUCCAUCAACUAUACACACCAAUAUAUGGAAAUUUAUGAUCGCUGCCUCCCACAAAGAUUUCUUGCAGGUUUCAAUCCCUCUCGUACCCCUUUCAAAACAAAGGGAUACAACAAUUAUACCGUCUUCAACUGUUCGAGGGACGUGGAAGAUGAGUACGAAUACAAAUAUCGUAGAAGAAUCAUAGAUUGUCUAAGUAGUCCUAGUUGGACAUACAAAGUUUUUGCUAUUGAUCCAGAUUGGACCAUUGCAGAGACUUUACCGAGCCACUGUAAGCAUGUGGUAGUUUCAAAUUUAUGGCCGACAGUGGUGAAUGGUGAUUUGAAUUUAGGCAUUUUUACCAUGUGGUGGGAGGAGCCAAGAAAAUGCGCUCAAUGUGAAAUUGAAGGACGAAUCUGCGGAUUUCAAAAUCAGACCUCUAGCCAUCCAAUUGAUUGUUUCGAGAAACCCAAAGGGGAAUCAUCAAGAAAGAAGAUAGCAAUCAGUGUGAGCUUAGGAUUAUUUGCUUCCGUGUUAUUGGUGAUGAUCAUAAUCAUCAAAAUACGCAAGAAUGCAGAUAAGGAAGAAAAGGAAAAUCAAUUAAAGAUUGAACAAUUCUUGGAAAAGAAUGCACUCAAGCCCACUCGAUAUAGUCAUGCUGAGUUAAAGAAGAUUACAAACAAAUUUGAGACCAAAUUAGGCCAAGGAGGAUAUGGGAGGGUAUUCGAGGGGAAGCUUACAAAUGGAAUCCAAGUAGCAGUUAAGGUUCUCGACAAAUCAGAGGGAAGCAACAAUGGAGAAGAAUUCGUCAACGAAGUUGCCACUAUAGGGAGAAUUCAUCAUCUAAAUGUGGUGCGUCUCUUGGGAUUCUGCGUUGAGGGAUCUACAAGAGCCCUUAUUUAUGAAUUUAUGGCGAAUAGUUCACUGGAUAAGUUCAUAUUUUCAAUCGGAAAAGAUAAGACAUUGAUAAACCUUGGUUGGAUGAAACUUCAAGAAAUUGCUAUUGGUAUAACUCGUGGUAUGGAAUAUCUUCAUCAAGGUUGUGACCAACGUAUUCUUCAUUUCGAUAUCAAACCUCAAAAUAUCUUAUUAGAUCACAACUUUACUCCAAAGAUAUCCGACUUCGGUCUAGCAAAGCUAUGCACCAAAGAUACAUUUGUCACAGUUUCUAUGGCUGCUGCUAGAGGAACAAUGGGUUAUAUUGCACCUGAAGUUUUCUCUAGAAACUUUGGUGCCGUAUCGUACAAAUCAGACGUGUAUAGUUUUGGAAUGUUGUUACUUGAAAUGGUUGGAGGAAAGAAAAAUACGGAAAAUAAGAUGGAAACACGGAAUGAUGAAGAAUACUUCCCAGAGUGGAUAUACAAUCGUCUGAAUAGCGGGGAAGAUUUAGGAAUUCAUGCUGAAGCAGAAGGUUUUGAUAUUGUAAAAAAAUUAGCAAUGGUGGCUCUUUGGUGUAUUCAGUGGAACCCAGUCGAUCGUCCUUCAAUGAAUGGUGUUCUUCAUAUGCUAGAAGGGAAUACCCAAAGUUUGCUCAUGGCACCCAACCCUUUCGCCUCGAGGACUUCAGUUUCAAGUACUUCAAGGGAUAAUCAUAUACAUGAGACUGAAUUAACACCAAUUUUAGAAGAUCAUGAGUGAAGAUAAUGCAGUAAAGCAUCUUCGAUAUAACAUUGUUAUCACUUUUAAUAAAUUAUACCGAUACUUUUGUUAAUCUGUUUGUCAAGUAAUUGAGAGGCUAGAAAAUUUGGUAUUAAAUUUCUUUUCUUUU